AUGGAGUAUCCACAACUUUACAAGUAUAUAAGAUGGACACAGACAUCUGAUUUCUCUUAUGUUGCAAACGAAUCUCAAAACUAUGAAAAAAUUUCUAAUAAUCCAGGAGCCUGGAGUAGAUUCAGAGGACUCCACUCAUACCCUAGUUCAUUUACAAAAUCGUUGUAUGUUGGCGAUAAUAGUGGAGAAAAUUGGUUUUUUGCUGUUGGUGUAAUUUAUGAUCAAUUCAAAGGCGUAAUGCCCGCUACUGAAAAUGAAAUUUGGCUUCAGUUUGUUGAUUUGUGGCUAGAAAUUGAUGAUUUUGAAAAAAUGAAACUGCUUCCUCCGAUUUUCAAAGGAUGCACAAGUAACUGCCGAACAAACUUCCUAUUUUCGUUUUCAUAUUAUACAGUUUUCAUCUUGAUUUAUGAAAAGUAA